GCGCGCGCGGAGCUGCACGGCGAGCGGCGCGCCAGGGCGGAGCUGGAGGAGCAGGGCGAGCUGGACCGGGAGGCGGCGCGGGUGGCCAUGCAGCUCGUCCACGAGACGGAGACGGAGAAGCACGAGCUGCAGCGGCAGCUCGACGCGUCCAGAGUCAGGGUCCAGCUCCACGGCCACGAGGCCGCCGCCGCCUCCUUGGACGCGGACUGCUCUGCUCCUCCGGCCAACCGGCUCGGGCGCCGGCUGAGCCGCGACGGUGAUGGUGAACUGGUGGGCCUGGAAGACGAGGCGGGCUGGAGCGAGAACAAGAACUACCAGUCGCUGGUGGACUUCCUGCCGGGCUCGGUCUACUCCUCGUCGCCGGACCUGGCCAACCUGCUGAGGCUCUACACGGAAGGCAAUGGCAAUGGCGCUCGUCGGCCGAAAGAGGGUGAUAUCACUGAGGAGGAGGAAGAGGAGGUCGUCGUCGUCGCCGUCACGGCCGCAGCUGUUUCCGGUUUCGACGGAGUGGACGGUGAGGAGGCCACUAGCACUGCUGCUGCUGCUGCUGCAGCUGCUUCCGUUUUCGACGAAACUGGUAGCGACCACGUCAGAGCAGAUCUUGCACAAGACGAAGCAGCAGUAAUGCGUGCAUGAUGUAUGACAUUUUACCACCGUGAUUGAUUUGUUUUCCAUUUAACUGCCAUUUUUUAUAUUAUUUGUUGUACAGAGCUUUAUAUAUACAGCACUUUGGAUUGACCAAAGACUUUGGGUCAUUUUAUCGAACA